CUCCCCCCCCCCCACACUUAUCCGAGAAAUCACCGCUUUUAACCCCCUCCCCCACACUUAUCCGAGAAAUCACCGCUUUUAACCCCCUCCCCCACACUUAUCCGAGAAAUCAUCACCGCUUUCCUCCCCCUCCCCCUUCUUCCACCGUCCCCCGCCACCACCAUCACUACUGGUGAAGCCCGACUUGGUAGAUCCUAUGCCUCUCCGGUACCUGCUGAGUUUUCAGACUCUCCCUGACGGGUCCCCCCAUCACCCCCGCUUUGUACAAUUCCACUCUGACCUGGUAGGGAAUUCCCCCCGUUUCCCCAAACGAAAAUAUACAUUUAAAAAAAUGGGAAAAACCACCGACCUGUUGCAAAAAUUGGUGGGCUUUUUUAAGAGAAACCUGUCGGGAAUUAUAAAGUUUUGUUGUUGUCGUUUUUAUGUCCUGUGCGCGCGCUGCUUUUGUAUGCAAUCGAUGUCGUCAUAAUGACAAACUAUUAUUCCUCCCCUGACCUAGAUGAAGGCAAAUGUGCUAGUCAUCGCUCUGUUUCUCGGUUUUAUGGCUUCAUCCCCCCUUGUAAAUUGCGAGUCGCUCUUACCGCUAGACGACCUACCGCCUGCUGACGACGUCUACGUUGUGACGCCCGGAACCAAGCUCAUUCUCACCUGUGACGCGAGGGGCGCCAGCUGUGUGAGCCCGCUUUUUGCUGCUGAGGGACAGAAACACUUCACGGUGCUCAGCGGUGAUGUUCAAGUCGCGCGCUUUGGAUGCAUGUUUAUAGUUGAUGCGGAUAUGAGCGGGGUAUACGGAUGCCUUUAUUACUUGAGCGAGUUCCGGCAAGAGGUCAUGACCGUAGAAAUGGAGGUGCAUGUGGACUUGGCUGAGGACAUCCGCGACCUAAACCGCGGAUCUACGAUAUCGCAGCAGAUGUAGAGGGCCUCUAUUUUCGGCAAAGCCACCUCAAGUGGGGGCCCCCCAAGGGCAGUGCGAGGCCCCGCUCCCCCAACUGAUCGUAUUUAGCCUCU